AUGUCAGCGGAGGGUGCCGCGCGCUGGCGUUUCUGGGUCGUGGGCCCGGGUGGACCUGCGUCAGCGGCGGUCAAGACGGCUGCCGCGUCAGCGGCGGUCAAGACGGCUGCCGCGUCAGCGGCGGUCGUCUUCUUCUGCGUGGCACGCGCGUGCCUGCCAGGCACGUGCCCUUCAGCAGCAGCCACGCGCGACUCCUUCGCUUCACCCGCACGGAGCUUGGGGAGGGAGGAGCGGGCAGUGAUGCUGGGCAGCUUCCCCGAGGACGAGGCGCGUCUGGGGGCGGACAGGCGGGGGAGGGAGGGGGAGAGGGAGGGCACGCGGGAGGGGGCCGGGGAGUGUUGGAGCGGAGUGAGAGCUACGGCUCUCUGCUGUCAGACAUCAGCCGCGUCAGCUCCCUCGCUGAGAGGCGGAGGAGGAGGCGGAGGGGGAGGGGGAGGGGGAGUGGGAGGCGCGCUAGCCAUGCCCUUGCUCGUGGGCAUGGGCACGGGUGGCGGUGGUGCGAUGGAGGGUGCCUCGGGAGCGUACUGGGCGACGGAGGGGAGCAGCAGCAUGGGCGCCGGUGGUGCGUCGUCGGGUGCGUUCCUUGCAGUGCAAGGCAUGGGGGGCAGCAGCAGCCCCAUGGGCGGUCAGCAGCAGGGGGGGAUUUCCAGCAGCACGGGAGGGUAA